GUGCAUGUACACUGGCAAUUGGACAAUUUUUUAAUCAUUAUCCUUAUCUCCUCUGUUUUAAGGUAAAGUUUUUAAUCAUUCCGGUGUUUAGUCGUGUCAGCAUGGAGAGGGCAAGUUUGGUCGAAGAUAAGUUAUCUUGUCACUGUGCUUCCCUGGGAAAUAAUAGAACGCCAUGUGACAACUUGGAUACAGAUAAAGUGAUUGCAAACCAAGAACUUGAGUCCACACAGGAUUGUAAUCUUCGAAUUGCUUUGGAUAGCGAGACCUGUGACUCUGAUUCGCGCUCUGAGCACUGCAAGAACGAGUCGAUCGAAAACCGGAAAUGUGAUCGCUACGAGAGUAUAGCGAACCCAGCAGUGACUGUGCGAGGGGACGAAACAAGCGGUUCUGUGUCCAUCGCUGUAAACGAGUGCCGUAUUUGUCAAAGCAGUGGAGAUGAGGCUUUGAUCAACCCUUGUAAAUGCUCUGGCUCUGCUAAAUGGGUCCAUGAAAGCUGCAUGGUAAAAUGGUUCCAGAUUUCUGAAACUUCUUCGUGCGAGCUUUGCGCUCGAGACGUUUUGAUUAAGAAGAAAACCAAACCUCUCUACCAGGUAAUUACCAAACCUUGAAAGUUUGUAGCUUUUAAUUUUGAAUUAAGCACAUGGAAUCCACGUUUUUGACUGACUUUGUUUUGCUCUACAAUUAUAAACAUCACAUGGCCGGCUUAAAAAGUACGUUCUUAGCGGUUGUAAAUUUCAUUGUUUACAUCUGCACGCACUAGUGAUUCCAAAUGAUUCGCUAAAGUAGGCUACUUUAGCACCCAGCAGAAGAAGUAUCAUGAAUUUCCUGCCUAAGAGUGCCUUUUCAUAUUUUAUUUUGACUACAGGAAUCGUCUAUGAAUAUAAUAUUUUUAGUGGUAUCGUGUCAAAUUAUUUUUAGACGCGGCGUUCAAGUGCCUGAAGUAUAUUCCUGAAUAUUUGCUCCGUACUUCAAUCUCCACAUGAGAAUCAGAAACUUUAGCAAACAACGUUUUUCAGUAUUGGAUUCUGCUCAUCAAAGCCGCGUGAAAAAAAAAAAAAAUAAUAAUAAUAAUAAUAAUACAAAUAGAGGAUUAUAUUGAAUUGGUAUUGAAAUUAUUUACUGAUUGGUUUGAGUUGCACACUGCCGAUCGGAAGCAAAAGCUGAAGGUAUCCUUUUUGCAAUUAUCAUAUUACGGUCGGCCGAUUUGUGCACUAACCUUUAAAAAGUAAGCAUUUUAGAAGGGGCUGCAAAGAAUCAAGGUCAUGGUAUUUUUUUUUAAGUGUUAUCAAAGUAUUUUAUGGCGCUAGCAAGAUUUUACCAAUCGGAUUAUCGACUGGCAAUAAUACUGUAAAAAAAGCCACAAAACAAAGGGUGGACUCUAAUAAGGCCAUUUAUCAGCCUUUUACAAGACCUAGACAGUAUGAUAAUUUGGCAAGAUUAUUUCAUUUGCAUUGGCUAAUUAUAGUAUCUUAUAAAUGUUUAAAAUCAUUUCAAACUUCGUUUGCCAAAGACCAGCUGAAAGACGCUGUAAGGCAAUUGUAUCAUUUGUUUAUUCCUAAAAUAUUAGUGUAAAUUUAUAUUGGAUUUUUUCGAUAUUCACUUGACGGACGCCUUCUUGAUAUGAUUGUUUUGUCUUGGGCCUAGUCUCUUGUCUUAUCCUAAAAUCGCCUUUGACGUCGAGACCUCCCCAACGUACAGGAGGAAAACAUGAACAAUAACUUGCCUAAUAAAUUUAUGAAUAUCCUAAUGCUCGAGACGCCGUAUUUAUACAUCAUCCAUUUGAAGUUUAGCAUCAUAAGAAGUUUGUGCAAACAAUUUUUAAUGUUUUGUCAACAGUCGAUCGAAAGCUCGAGAGAAUUUUUCCAAAGGAUCAUUGGUAAUAAUCAGUCAUGUCGUUCUUUUUGUCUUUUGUGAAAAAUGUCCUAAUUCCUCCAAUUUCCAACCCGUUUUUUUUUUCUCCUUUGAGCUUUCGACAGUUUCUAGAAAGCACUGAAGCAGAUGAACGAUUGAAGUGGUAUUGUUCCGGCUUUAUUCACCCCGAGAGGCCAAGGCCACUUUCCCCGGCCAUGUAUGCAAAAUUACGCCGGGUAAAAUUAUAAUUUGUCAUUAGCGAACAGAAUAUAAUUUGACCAGAAAGAAAAAAAAAACAAAAACUUGGCAAUGCAUAAGAGAAUAGCACCAAAACGGAAAUAAUUGUAAUUUUGUGGGUUUGGGGGUUGCCAGGAAACAACAGAGUGUAAAGAGAAAAUUUCUAGUUUCUUCAUGAUCUACAUGGAGACAUUUUAGCCGAAAAAUUAUUUACAAAGAAGUUGAUAUUAGUGCUUGGAAUAUACCAUAUUGGCGCUAAGCAACUUAAGACGGUGAUGAAAGACAAAACUGUGUUCUCGAAGUAUUUCGAAACUUCCUUUGUUGUUGUAAGCAUAAGUGCUUUCACGCAGUAAUAGUCACGUUGUGGCCAUUGUGGACACCGCCCACAAUGUGACUGUGGACCGUAUUUCAAAGGCAGAAAUGACUAAUUAGCACCUACAAUACGGCAGGCACACUACCUUUUUGAAAUCCGAAAUAAUACUAUCUAUUUUCGAUUAUUUGUCACGAGAAAAAUACACUCACCUAAGCUUCGUCGCCAACCUCGUCGGUUACUGCGCGUUGCAUAAGGAGAAGAGGGGGAAAUGACACGCGCGAUCAUCGCGUUCCGCGUCUUUUCCCUUCUCUCCUCGCCAAUGACUGCACGCGCGCGUAGGCGCCGUUUUCUCUUUUACUGGAUAACAGAACUUCGCUUUCGGUUUUCUUUCUUCUUUUAUCUAUAGCACUAGAAAGAACAAGAUCUGUCUUGACUGUAGGUCACAUUUCGUAGCCUCCGACCCCUUCUCCGAUUUUUACUGAGGGGAGGGGGGGAUCUUUACAGAGGCUAACAUUUCGCUUGCUAAUACUUGCUUUUUCUUUCCCACAACAGUGGCGCCUUCCCCGCGGUGAUCUGGGACCGUGUAGCAAAGUGGACCUUUGGUAUUUAUUCGUCACGAUAUUCAGUAUUUGCACCAUAGUUGGCUUUGGAAUAUUUCAUCUGCUCGUCAAGUCAAAGGAGCCUGAAACGACAGCCGUGUUUGGCGCCAUUUAUGCUCUUUGUGGUGUAAUGAUCUUACUGCGAAUUCACUACUUUUACAUGUGGUUUACAAGGCGGAGUGCCUUUUGGCGCAAGUGGAAGACAAUGAAUAGAGUUUGGACAGUAGUUUCUCCGAGGGCAGUGUUAAAUGCCAACGGGGAUGUGUCAAUUGUUUAGAUGAAACAUUCUGAACCAAGUGAAGCCAUUGGCGGAACCCGAGGGGAUGGGCUCGGGGGGGCUGGGCCCCACCUUAAUCUCGCAGGGCUGCGAAAAAUUAUUUUUGAGAUUCUCUCUGAAUGAGCGCUGCAGGCAAAGAGGAAGAAAACAUAACGAAAACGAAGCUAAACCUCAGACGAAGAAAACAUACGCCGUUAAAUGAGACCCCCGCCCAAGACCCUCUGUUCCGUGCCCGCAAAACUGCUUAGCUCGCGGGAUCAGAGUGCGUGAGUGCUUUAAUAAGGUGGAGCCGCUGCGCUUGCAUUUGUGGUCGAUGUGAAUUGUCGUGCCUGAUGGUUUUGAAUACAAAUUAAUAAUUGAUAAUAAUAAUUUUUAUAAUGUACUUUAAAAUAUCUUUACAAUUAUUGUAAAGGCCGGUAUUUUUCUUAAAAUACAUUAUAAAAAUUUUGUUAAUUAGAGCGGUUUAGGAUCAUUACCUGUUAAUUUUCCAGAUCUGUAUUUACAAUAUUUGGUGUAUUUAUUGCAUAAAGUUUCUUCUAGGUACAUUUCAAGAAAUUAAAGGUUUGAUUUAUUUAUACUAUACCUCCUUUCUACACAAACGAACUUAGUCUUCGCACUUGCCGCAUUCCUGUACAAUUACAGUUUGACAAGAGUUAUCAGUAGGAUUGCUCAACGGACCACAACGCAACUUGACAUUUUCCAUAAGCAGAAAGAGAUUUUCUCGUGUAAAAAAAGAGGAAACAACCUCGUUCCCAGGGUCCUCUGCAAACUUGCAAUCCUGGGAACGAGGUUGAAGGAGAAACCGUACGUGGGUGUUUAUCACCUACAACAAAAAUUCAUCGCUAGGCUUUAUGUACAUUUUUUUAAAAAAAUUAAAGAGAUAGUUAUAAAUUAAUGCAAUAUUAUGGAUUUAAGAUCGUCUAUUUUAAAUGGUAAUUGCCUGAUAG